AUGCCACCAAAAGGGUUCAUUGAUGGGCCAGUUUGUUCUGAUGCCAGCGCUGUGGCGACAGCAUGGACUGGUUUGGUCAAAGUCCAGGAAAGGGCUAGGGUGCUGAAACACCUUGUUGUCGCCAAGGGGGGCAGCGAAGAUACUGAUGGCAAAACCGUUUUGCCAACUCGUGAGAACAUGAUUCACAACGCGGAGCUGCUUGAAGCUUUGGCUGCCAACAUGAACCAGAGAGGCCGUUGCGGCGCAGACCCCAUUGACGUGAUCUGUUCAAUGACGGUCAAGUUCUAUGAGAUGCACCCGCUCUACGCCGAAGUCAACAAGGAUUUCAACCUCAAAGCGGUGUCCUACAACAACGCUUGGGUCCUUCACAAGAUGGUUUCCCGGCUCCGGAGCAGUUUGCCAAAAUACCAGUCUUCUAGAGACACAGAGCUGAAAGAGACUUUCAGACUUCUGAGGGAGGCAUACCUUCGGCGAAUGAAGGAGGCUGGGCUCAAAGCACCAGAGCCCACAGGGGAAGCCUUGGAUCUUGACUAUUCACCUUUGGAGGCUUUGCUGAACGUACCUGAGGAUGACGGUGAAUCUGAAGCGCCUGGGGCUCCCCAUGAUGAGCCUGACCCACCUUCACCAAUGGCGGCUGCUGCUGUUCCAACCUGCAAUGAGCCUGAAGUUGCACACCCGUGCGCAGGUGGUCUUGCCAGGGCGAAGAGCACUGAUGACAUGGACACACUUCAGUUUCUGAUCGACACCCAGGCUGGCAUUGACUGCGCCAUGGAAUUGCCACUGACCCAACCUAUGUGGGAAUAUGAUUUCUUGGGCGACACCCCGCCUGUCCUCCACCGCACCAGUGCUGACAUGAAGAAUCAGGACAAGCACGAGGAUUCGGAGCUGGCCGACCCAGAGGCUAGCCAGCUUGAUCCUAGUGAACUUCAAAACCUCAAGCGUCAGGAGUUCGAUGGCAUGCUGGCCCAUGCAGCCCUGCCGAAGAACACCAAUUUGCUCCAGCAGUGGGAUGCCAUUGUGAUUGGUGACUCGGACAUCGAGGAUGCGACCUCUCCAGCACGACAUCCCACCCGAUCCAAGCAGGAGGAGCUUGCCACUUACUCGAACCUGCUUUUCAAGAUGGAAGCCAAACUCGGCCAGCUGACCAGGCCGACAAAGAGCCAAUCCGAAGUUCAUGCGCUGUUUGGGGGCUCUGCUGGGUCAACAGGCUCAGCCGGACCAGGAUCUGUGUCCACCACCUCGGCCACUUCGCCUGAUGCCUUGGCACCAGCAGGUGGCUCUACUGUGUCUGAGCUGCCUGAGCUUGAGGAAGCUGAUGACCUUGUCAUCCCAUCGAACAUCAAUUUGGAAUCUUUGCCUGACACUUGCAUUCCUGACUCUGUGCUUGAGGUGGGAGUGCCAAUGGCAGAGCCCGACCGCGGGACAGAGGAGGUGGCCAACAAACUUGAGGGUGGAAGUGAGGACUUGCCACCUAUCUCUCCAGACAAGGAGGCGCCAGUGACCAAAGAUGAGCAAUGGAAGUUGACAGCCGAAGCGAAGGCAAAGGCCAAGGCCAAGGAGGAGAAGAGUGGGAAGGGGAACGGUGAGAAAAAACCUCAGAGAAAAUCCAGGGCGAAAGGCAAGGCUAAGGCCAGGGCAACUGCAAAAGCGAAAGCUAAGGCAGUUGCCAAGGCCAAAGCCAAGUCAAGAGCAGCAGCCAAAGCGAAGGGGAAGGGGAAGGGGAAAGCCAAGGCCAAGGCUGCGCCACGGGCCAGGGCCACCGGCAAGAACCCUCCCAUCUCCAUUGAUGAUGUCUUGCAGCCUCUCCCUCCUGGUGUGCCAGAAGCUUUGGGCUUUCCACCUGCACCACCAUCGCCUCCGAAGAUGCCUUCGGCUUCUUGCACUUCGCUUCCCGGCCGUGAGAAGGAGAACGCGCAACCUGCCAAGAAGAGACCUUCGGCCAAGACUUCGUCCCGAUCCAAGAAGGCCAAGACUGAGUCUGGCAAUGCAGCACCUGCAGAUUCCUCUUCCCCCGCUGUCAAGGAUUUGGAAAGGAAAGGUCUGGUUCCCAACACCUUUGGGGGCAGGGCCAAGCCAUCAGGAGGCUGGGCACUUGACAAGUACGCCCGCACAGCCGCAGCAUUCAAGGAGAACAUCGAAGCGAAGUUGGAACCCAGGACCAAGAACAAAGCCCAGUUGCAAUUCUGCAGCCUUGUCCAGUCCGCGAAGAAGGCGAGCGGCAGCUCUGAUGCCAACGAUUUUUCCUACAUCGACACUGCAGUGGCAAAUUUCUUCCAGGAGUGGAAUAAGCCGCCGCCCGCAGAUGGCGAGGCCAAUCCUGGUGAUGAUGAUGGCGCUAAGCCGGCGAUUCCUGAGGAUGAGCCCCUGUUCUUCCUCGAAAGCUUUGCUGGACAAGCUCAGGCGACCCGCAGCGUGCAAUCAAGCUUCCCGGGGAAGGUCACCGCUGCUAUCGAUGUCAAGUUUUCAGAGAAGCACUACACGCCCCAGUUUGGCAACAAGAUUGCCUCGCUACUCGAAAGGCUGAAGCCUCGAACUGACUAUGUUGCUGAUAAUCCUCGGGUUGAUGCCGUGGCCCUCUUUGAGACUUGGAGCUGGGGCGAUUUGUGGGAUGAUGCUAACAUGCGAUCUUUGAUUCGCUACUUGUAUGGCGCCAAAGCUUUGCAAAUUCCACCCAAUUGGAAGAGCGAGGUCAAACUGAAAAUGGAGCAGGCCAAGGCAGAGAUAGCCGAAGCAGAGACACAGCCUGGAAUCAAAGAAGAGCUUAACCUGGUGACAGCUCCCCUGGCUGAACCUGGUCUUCGGGCUGCUCCUUCCGAGUCUGAGAAGGGGGAGCUUUCGCCAUCUCGACUGUCCAACAUGAGCGUUGAUGCGAGUGAUGAUCCAUAUGGUUUUUUGUCAGACAAUGAAGAUCACAUGGACGAUCACAUGAUCCGAAGGGGUUUCGUUUUUUCUCCUGACCUUGACAAUUCUCCCAAAGCUCUUCCUGCUACAUAUGACCCUUACUUGGAUUCUCUUGAAUCCCCUCCUUGCAGAGCGAUGUCGCUUUCUCCUUUGGGGGGUCCUGGUCAGUUUCAGAAGGAAUUGGAGGCCCGUGCUAGUUCGACGACACCACCUUCGACAUCUUCGACCCGGACCAAUACUUCAGCCACCACCGAGGCCCCGACUACUGGCAAACGUAUUGGGGGACGCGUGCUCACACCGGAGGAGGUUGAAAAGUACAGAGGCAAGUUCAGGAGGAUGUGUGAACCCAAAAAGGCCAGCGGUAAGAUUGAAGUUCCACAAGACAUAUUUGACCAGUUUCAAAGCAAGGGUGCGUCCAGGGAAAGGCUAUUUGAAGCCUUCGUCAGGAGUGACGGACAGAAGGAAGAAUUCCUUAAAGAAGUGUCCAUGGAGAAAACCGCUGAGCAAGUCAAUGAGUUGGAGACCACCGGGGCUUUCUACACAGAACAGGAGAUGAAGGAUGAACUGGGCUACAAACAGAGCAGAAUUGAGAAGACCGUGGCACGUGGGCAAAAGGAUCCCACGUACAUGAUGGUCGAUGAAGUGGACGACGAAGUGGUCUACUACUGGUGCAAUGAAAGGACCAAGGGCAGUCUCAAAAACCGUCAAUCCCAAAAGCUCCAGGAGAGAACCGCUACGAAGGGAACCACUGAUACUUUCGCGAUGAAAUUGUUGCCCCAGAAGUUAGACUUGGCUGCGCAUGGCCACGAGGGCCCUGGUGUAGAGACCAAGAAGCCGAACAAGGUCACCGAACUACAAACGCACAUGGACGAAUUGCUUGUGGUCCUGAACAAGGCUCAAGUUUUCCAUGGCAAGCUGAAGGAGAACACCGCUGCUGCAGUUCAAGGGGCGGGUGAGGCGGUGCCAGUCGUUGCACAGUUCACGCUUGACUUGGGUAAAAUCUACGAUGCCAUGACGGAGUACGCCGGUGAGAUGAAAGCUGGCACCAUGAGCAAAGAUUCCCAAGAGACACAUGACAAGUUGGCGAAGAUCUUCACGGAGAGCCAGAAGGUGCUCACAAAAUGGGUGGCCACGGAGAAGAAGUUCAGGCCAUUUGCCAAGAAGCCCAAGGCAAAGGUUGACAAGGAGCAUCCUGAGACUUGUCCAAAGAUCCAAAAGGUCAGUGGUACAGCUGAGCACCUAGCUGCUUCAAUUGGCAAAGGCGUGCCUUGCACACAUGUGCUGGAGUCUGCUCGGAAAACCUGGGCGGAUGCUGCAGGGACAUCAAGCGUUGUGGCUUCCUGCCCGGUGGUUCGGGGAAUGACUAGGAUACCAGAUGCUAACGCUGAAGACAGAAUCCAUGCCCUGUUGAAGAAGAACAAUUUAGCGUUGCCACUGGAGAUUUCACCUUUGUCGGGGAGUCAUGUGGAAGGGUAUCCUCGAAUCAAACCUCUGGACUUCUUAGAGUACAUGGCUGGGAGCGGGAACAUACAUCGCUUACUUGGUGGCCACAGAAUCUCCUCCUGUCGGGUUCUCCUAGAAACUUUUUGGCGGCAGUAUGAACUGUGUCAUCCUGACUUUGGUUUAUUUCUCACUCCUGGCGUUGACUAUGGAACCUGUAUACCAAUUUAUGCACAUGCUGACGGUGGUCGGGGAUUCAAAAAGUCAGAGCUAAUGGUGUUCAACUGGAGUUCAGCUCUUGGAAUUGGGACAGGCAAGCAGAAUCGAAAGGACCAUGCGGUCAGACCAGUCAGUUUCAAGAGAAAAACUGCAAACAACCCACGUGUCAACUUACUGGGGCAUAGCUAUGCAACCCACUAUCUUUGGGCAGUGAUGCCUGCUGCUUGGCACAAAGAUGAUUCUACAUUUCAAGCGAUGCUCACUGAGUUUGGUCGGGACUUAGCCGAAUGCUUUGAGAAAGGAGUCAUGGUUGGUGGUGCACAUUUCCGCUUGGUCCUCCUUGGUUUGAAAGCUGACCUCAAACUUCAAGCUCGGGCUGGAAAAUUUAAACGAUGGUAUAGCACAUGCCGCAAGGGGCCUUAUGACCCCAAGAAAGCAAAUCAAACAGCAGGUUGGUGUUGUUGGCUUUGUGGGGCUGGGGACGUCACCAUACCCUUCGAGGAGAUUCACACCGAGACCCCUGCCUGGUACCAGUCGCUGCCAGACUGGAUUGACAUACCGCCUUGGGGUGAUAGUCCAUGUGGGUUGAUGGAGAACUCUCUGGGGUACAAUGCGCACCCAGCGAAGUUCUACUUGCCAGACUUGUUCCACAUCUACUUAGCAGGUUUCGGACAAGAUCAUGCUGGUUCAUGCUUGGUCUACAUGCUUGGGAUUCUUUUCCAGGGGUCCAGUGUUGAAAAGCAGCUGGACUCUUUGAAUUCAGCCUGGAGAUUGUGGAAAAGGAUGUUCAAAGUUUCAACCCACACCUACAACUUCACCCGGAAUAUGUUGAACUUUCUGGACGCGAAGAAGGUCUUUCCAACUGGGACAUGGUCUAAGGCCAGUGACACCCCAAAGAUCCUUGAGUUCAUCCUGUAUGUUUGCAGUCUUUACCCAGAGAAGGUAUCUACGGACAAGGUUUUGUACUACAUCCAAAGUUCCUGUCAAAGCAUUGGGGUCUGUAUGAAAACCCUCUAUGACUCCGAUCUAUUUAUGGAAAGAAACCAAGCCACCAAAGUCUUGGAAAGUGGUAUGCAUUACAUGCGAUGCUAUGCCAAAUUGGCUUCAAAGGCCCAUGCACUGCACAGACCGUUGUGGGUUUAUAAACCCAAAAUUCACUAUUUUCACCAUAUUUUGCUUCAAAUCAAAGAUGAGCUGUACAGAGGGGCAAAACCAUAUAACGUCCUAGCAUUUAGUUGUGCCAUGGCUGAGGACUUCAUAGGUAGGGCCUCCUUGCUAAGCCGUAGGGUGAAUGCAAGGACGACCCAUCAACGAGUACUUCAACGGUACUUGGCUGGUGCUUUCGAUGUGUGGCAACAUCAUGAUGCUGCACCCGGGGGAUAA